AUGGGAAAUGUAGUCCGGGCCGGGGUUGCGGUUGCCCAGGGACCGGGAUUAAACCGGGACCAACCGGGACCAACCGGGACCGCCCCGCCCGGAGCUGCCCGGGGGUGGGCUCAGGCCCAGGGGGCGCCCGGCCCCGUCUCCCACGUGUGCCCGCGCUCCGUCGGUCUGGAGAGGGACGGGGAUCCCCCGGACCGGGGCCUGCCCCUGCUGCCCUUCUGCCCCCCCAGCAGGGUUUUGGGGUCACUGUCACCCCUCCUGUCCCUGCAGCCCCCUCUGGUCCAAGCCAUCUUCAACCGGGAUGUGGAGGAGGUUCGGUCGCUGCUCAGUCAGAAGGAGAACAUCAACGUGCUGGACCAAGAACGCCGGACCCCGCUCCAUGCUGCUGCCUACAUCGGAGAUGUUGCAAUCCUUGAGCUGCUCAUCCUGUCAGGUGCUAAUGUGAACGCGAAGGACACGGUGUGGCUCACGCCGCUGCACCGCGCCGCAGCCUCUCGCCACGAGAAAGCCCUCCACCUGCUCCUCAAGCACUCAGCCGACGUCAAUGCCCGCGACAAGCACUGGCAGACGCCGCUGCACGUGGCCGCCGCCAACCGCGCCACCAAGUGCGUGGAGGCGCUGGUGCCGCUGCUGAGCACCGUCAACGUGGCCGACCGCACCGGGCGCACGGCUCUCUUUGAUUCACGUGUCACUGUCCUGGCUGUAUUCACGGUGUCACUGUCCCGCUGUCACUGUCCCGGCUGUAUUCACGGUGUCACUGUCCCGCUGUCACUUCCCCGCUGUUCAUUCAGGUGUCCUGUCCCGCUGUCCCCAGGUCACCUGGAGGUGCUGAAGCUGCUGCUGGCGCGCGGGGCUGACGUGCUGUGCAAGGACAGGAAGGGCUACACGCUGCUGCACACGGCGGCCGCCAGCGGCCAGAUCGAGGUGGUGCGGCACCUGCUGCGCCUGGGGGUGGAGAUCGACGAGCCCAACGCCUUUGGGAACACGGCGCUGCACAUCGCCUGUUACAUGGGGCAGGACGCGGUGGCCACCGAGCUGGUGAACGUGGGGGCCAACGUCAACCAGCCCAACGAGCGCGGCUUCACCCCGCUGCACUUCGCCGCCGUGUCCACCAACGGCGCGCUGUGCCUCGAGAUCCUGGUCAACAACGGCGCCGACGUCAACUUCCAGAGCAAGGAAGGGAAGAGCCCCCUGCACAUGGCAGCGAUCCACGGCCGCUUCACGCGCUCGCAGAUCCUCAUCCAGAACGGUCAGUGCGGGAAUCCCGGGAAUUUUGGGAAUGUGGGAAAUCCUGGGAAUGUCGGGAAUCCCGGGAAUUUUGGGAAUAAAAUGUUAAGCAAUAAUAACUAAACUUCUGGAGCAGAGACGGGUCCUGGGCGUGGGAUCCAUGACAUGUUCCCUCUGCACCUGGCCGUGCUCUUCGGCUUCUCCGACUGCUGCCGCAAGCUGCUCUCCUCAGGGCAGCUGUACAGCAUCGUGUCCUCGCUGAGCAACGAGCACGUCCUGUCGGCCGGCUUCGACAUCAACACCCCCGACAGCCUGGGCAGGACCUGCCUGCACGCCGCCGCCUCGGGGGGGAACGUGGAAUGUCUGAACCUGCUGCUGAGCAGCGGCGCCGACCUGAGGAGGAGAGACAAAUUCGGGAGGACCCCCCUGCACUACGCGGCCGCCAACGGCAGCUACCAGUGCACGGUGACGCUGCUGACGGCCGGCGCCGCCGUCAACGAGGCCGACGGGAAAGGCUGCACGGCCCUGCACUACGCGGCGGCGUCAGACACCUACCGCAGGGCAGAGCCCCAUGCAGGGAGCAGUGAUGAGGAGCCCCUGAAGGAGUCCAGGCUGAAGGAGGCGUUUUUCUGUUUGGAAUUCCUGCUGGACAACGGUGCUGACCCCUCCCUGCGGGACAAGCAGGGCUACACCGCCGUCCACUACGCGGCUGCCUACGGGAACAGGCAGAACCUGGAGCUGCUGCUGGAAAUGUCGUUUAACUGCCUGGAGGACGUGGAAAGCACCGUCCCAGUCAGCCCUUUGCACUUAGCUGCCUACAAUGGUCACUGUGAAGCCCUCAAGGCGCUGGCUGAGACGCUGGUGAACCUGGACGUGCGGGACCACAAGGGCCGCACCGCGCUCUACCUGGCCACCGAGCGCGGCUCCAGCGACUGCGUGCAGGUGCUCACCAGCCACGGCGCCUCCGCCCUGGUCAAGGAGAGGAAGAGGAAGUGGACGCCUCUCCACGCUGCAGCUGCCAACGGGAACACGGAUUCCCUGCACCUCCUGAUCGACAGCGGGGAGCGCGCGGACAUCACCGACGUCAUGGACAUCCACGGCCAGUGAGUGUCCCCUCAGUGUCCCCUCAGUGUCCCCUCAGUGUCCCCUCAGUGUCCCCUCAGUGUCCCCAGGGCCACCAUUCCUGAAUUUCCCACAUCCCCAUUCCCAUCUUUCCCUCACCACCAUUAAUGUCUCUCACACCAUUCCCAAUUUUCCCUCACAAUUUUCCCUCACUCCAUUCUCAAUUAUCCCUCACCCCCAUUCCAAAUUUUCCCUCACCCCAUUCCCACUUUUCCCUCACCACCAUUCCCAAUUUUCCCUUGCACCAUUCCCAAUUUUUCCUCACCUCUAUUCCCAAUUUUCCCUCACAAUUUUCCCUCACUCAAUUCCUGAUUUUCCCUCACAAUUUUCCCUCACACCAUUCCCAACUUUCCCUCACUCCAUUCCCAAUUUUCCCUCGCAAUUAUUCCUCACAUCAUUUCCGAUUUUCCCUCACACCAUUCCCAACUUUUCCUCACACCAUUCCCAAUUUUCCCUCACCACCAUUCCAAAUUUUCCCUGACAAUUUUCCCUCGCACCAUUCCCGAUUUUCCCUCACAAUUUUCCCCAUCAUCACUCACCAUUUUCCCUCACUCCAUUCCCAAUUUUCCCUCACAAAUUCUCCUC